GCCAGCCCCCCCGGAUUUUCUACGAUGUUGGAUAUAACUAACGGAGUAAAGGUACGCGGUUAUGUGAGCCAGCCCACACUCUCAUCAGAUUGGCUUAUGUGGUUAUUUAUGUGGAGAGCGAGUUGUGGCCGGGUUAAGGGCUGGCUGCGGGCGGGCGGUGGUGGCUCAGAGUUCCAAUUCCAAUUCCAAGGUUGGUUGGUUAUUUAACUUACGUCCGUCGCAAAUGCAAAAUGCAUCCAAAAUCAACACUGUAUUUUGUUCGUUCAGCGAGCAGUGACAUUAUUAAUUAGAAUCUGAAUUCACAGCUUUCUUUCUUUCUCAAUCCUUUAUCGACGGAGCCUCUGAAUCAAAGUCGUUUCAACUGCAGCAGCAAAACCCAAAGCUAUUAUUGGCAGCAACAACAGCAGCAACAGCAAGCAAGCAGAAGAGAGAAGAAGAAGACGGGCUGGGCGUAUUUUACUGGCCACGGAUAACUAAGUUAAACUAAUAACUAACUAACUUACAAGUCCACAGUUCCACGCACUUUAGCCAGAUAGAUGCACCAGUCACAGCAGCUUUCGCAGACCUGCUGAUGCCCGCUGCUGUGCCAUCAUAUCAUCCCAUCCAAAGGCCCAAGGGAAUCCUGCUAGUUGGGCCGUGGGUGUGCUUUGUGUGCUUGUCCCGACUUGCUUAACUUAGUUACUUACUAGUGUAUUCUUUCGUUCGAACCCAGGCGCCGUUUCUCUUCUCCUCCAACCCCCCCCCCCCCCCCCCCCCCCCGCGGCAUCGUGUAUCAUCGCAACCCUCCAACAACUCUUGCACAUGAACUGCGAGUGCCUAGACAGACAUCUGGAGAAGAAUCGCACUGGCUGCCUGAUCUCCUUGAUUAUUAUUAUUCAACACGCCCUCAAGCCGCGUCCACGCGAAACUGUGACUGCCGCCUAGCUACUAAGCAAAUAAAUGCGGACAGAGCUGGUCGAGAUCGCGGAUUGAGUGACUGUUUCCUGUCCUUCUCUCUCCUUCUCGAUUCAAGGCUUGAUUGACAUACCUACCUAUCCAGCCCAGCCUCCACUCGGCGCCCAGCGUUAUCUUUUUGACUUCGUUUGCCGGUCGCAUAAUGGUUCGAUAAUUGGCGCAUGCCGUUGUUGGAGUCAACCGUCUGCCAAUCUCCGCUCGAGCGCAAUCGAACUCACUAUACACACACCUUUUCUCAGCCCUUCGUGUCGGAAUAUUCUGCGUCGCAACCUGGGAGGAAACUCUUUCUGAGUGCUCAAAAGGAGCCCAAAUGUCCAUGAUGGCGCCCGUCCGUCUUGAGGAACUGGACAACGUCUUUGAUGAACACCCUUCGCUAACCGCCUCGCUUGAGGACUUCGAGGACUCUUCCCGCCCUUCACCCCUCCUCGAUCUCCCAUCUCAACACUCGGGAUUCCAAUCUGAAGAUACCAAUGACCGUGACCCAGACACAGAUAUAGACUCUAGCAUUGACGAUCCCUGGUCACCCCCGGUGUACCAGCAACGGAGAUACCUCUUGCAACAGCAACACUUUCCCCCAACACCUGGCAGCGCUUGGUAUCGGCACCAACCGUAUCUACGUGACAAACCGGAUUUAAAACCGACAUAUGAUUGCAGCCCUCUGCGGUCAAGAGAAGUUAGUCCGCAAUAUGAAGACGCCCUUGAGAAACCUUUGGUCACUGGAGAAGAUGACCCCGCUGACCUGACGAUACCUGCAAAUAUACCCUUACCCGUGGGCGCUGAGUCACCGCAGAAGGGCAGGUCGCCUAGCCCUGCGCCUUCGAUAAAGCUCGAAGGGAAAGCCCAGGGAAAGAAUGAGAGUAAUCCUAAUAAUACCAGUGAUCAAUUCGAUCUAUCACCCCAGGAACUUACGUCGGAUUCUUUUACAAAUUAUAUCCGUUUCGCCGUGCGUGCGGAAGUUCAGCACCGGGAGCCCUUCGAUGCAUUCUUCAACUAUGUCAGCCAAAAAAUUGAUUCCGUGACCAAAAGCCGCACAAACACCGUUUUAUCCUUCCUAAUAGGCAUUAUUUCCUUCGUAAUUAUCCGUGCUCUUUUCCUCCCUCCUAUCCCCCUGCCCGUCCCUGAUCUGGUCAAACUUUCCGGCCUCGCGCGCUCCUUCGAGCCAUUGAUAUACUACUCCGAAAAUGGCGUCCAACAAAUCGGCGCAUUGCAAGAAACCGGAGUCGCCGUCUGGGAUUUGGGCGAAUCUGUGCGUGGCACAAAUAUGACAAGCGCCCCAGUCAUCGUGCGGCAGCUAGACGAGCUCUCCGAGUCCCUCAAGACCCUCUCUCUAGAACUAACCCGCUUCUUCGCCAAUGUCGAUGCUGACAUCGACUCCAUCCUGAUUGUCAUGGACUGGGCAAAACGUGAACUGGAAGCCCUCUCUUCGCAACCCGCGCACUCCCUUCCAUCUAUCUUCUUCGACAACUUUCACUCCCUCCUUUCGCGUCUCGGCGCGCUCGAAACCGCUGUAACUACAUCCCCAGACGGCAGCAAAUCGCCCCUCCCUUCUCCUACCCGCCUGGGCUCUCUCAUCACAACAAUCUUCGGCACAACCCGCUCGCAGCGCACCCACCGCACCCUCACUCACACCUUCACCGAAUUCCUCGCCGUGCUCGAGGAGUCUAUAAACAGCGAACUGACGCAUUCGUCCGCCCUCUUCGCCCUUUUCGAGUCCAUAGACCGCCAGUUCCUGAACCUCCAGCGGACGGUUGUGCGCGAGUCGGACGCGCAGGAACGUGCGGAGGGUGAGAUGCUCUCAUCGCUGUGGACGCGUGUGCUGGGCCCCAACGCCGCUGCGCUGCGCAAGUAUGAAAAGAACCGCCAGCUGCUGUCGUCGGUGCGGCAGCGGACUGUCGCCAAUAAGCAUCUUCUGAUGGACCAUCGCGGGAAGCUGCUGACCCUCAAGGUGAAUUUGGAGACGUUGCGGAGGAAGCUGGUUAGCCCGCUGGUUAGGAGGAAUGAUUCGGUCGGUUUUGGGCUGUUAGGGGCCAGCGGUGGAAGUGGUAGUGGCGGGGAUAGAGAGUACAUGGGCAGAGGGGUUGGAAGUAGUGCGCAGGGUUCGGUGGAGUUGGUGGUUGAAGGCCAGAUUAAAGGGCUUGAAGGUGCUUAUGAGUAUUUGAAGGGGGUGAGGGAGAGACAGAAGGCAAAGUUGAUGGAGAUGGUUUACGGGGCGGGCAGUCGAAGGUCUGGCACUGGGGCGGGAACGGGCUUGUUGGAUGGGCUUUCGGGAGAUGGGGCAGGAUUGUCUGGCACUGCUGGAGCUGUAGCUGGGGGCGGCGAAACAUGAUCAACCUUUGGGCUAAAUUUUGGAUCACUCCCUCUUCCAUUUGAUGUAUUCUCUUCACUUUAGUUCGUUCCUUUUCGUGUCAUUUCCUAUGUUUUGCGUUUGGUGUUCUGUGAGGGCUGUUUUUCCGUUCUUUUAAACCGGAGCCGGAAGGGGAGGGGGGGGGGUUGAAUAUUUUUUGUAUUUAGGAGUGAACAAAGCGAAAACGAUCUGAAUUCGUGAUUAUCUCCCGCGGUCUUUCAUCCUCUUCCUAUUUUCCUUCUACUAAAUAAACACAUCAUGGUCAAUAUCUGCUUGAUUUCAGCCCCUACGCAUCGAGACAUCGUUAGCUCGAGUGAACUGUUAUCCGCUUUCCGAGACCAAUUAAAACCUAUACAUAUAUUGCAUUCCUGGCUAAUGUACCAAGGAAUGUCAGUGUGAUGCCGCACAGUAGACGCCC